AGAGCAGUCUCCUGUUGCAGGCCUUCAUCUCCUCCUCCUGCAGCCCAGUAACAUCAUGUCUGUGUCUGUCAGCCAGCAGAGCUUCAGCUCCAGCUCAUCUGCCAUAGGAUGGAUGCAGCAGCGCGCACCCAGCGGGCCUUUUCAAAAACGCGCACCCAGCGUGUAUGGAGGAGCGGGCGGCUACGGGACGCGCAUCUCCAAUGGGUCCUCUUCUAUCUCCUCUGUCUUCAGCUCCAAUGGCUCUCUAAGCACCGGGGCAGACUUAACUGGGAUCAACGGUGGGAAGAUCACAAUGCAGAACCUCAAUGACCGUCUGGCCUCUUACCUGGAGAAGGUUCGCUCUUUGGAGGAGAGGAACAGGAGGCUGCAGCUAAACAUCGAGGAGUUCUGUGUGAAGAACACAUAUAUAACCAAAGACUACAAGUCCUACUUUUCCACCAUUACUGACCUGAAAGCAGAGAUCGCAAGAACAAUUUCAGAGAACCAUGGAUUGCGUCUGCAUAUUGACAACUCCCGAUUUGCAUCAGAGGACUUUAAAAUGAAGUAUGAGAUGGAGGUUAACUUGCAGAAGACAGUGGAGGCUGAUGUGUUUCGUCUCCGAGGGAUCCGGGACAGCCUGACUCUCAGCAUCAGCAACCUGGAGAUGAGUGUGGAGGGGCUGAAGGAGGAGUUAAUCUGCAUGGCCAACAGCCACAAGGAGGAGAUGGAGAAGCUGAAACUCCAGGGCUCUGGGAAAGUUAACGUGGAGGUGGACAACACAGGGUCCUCUGACCUGAUGAGGGUCUUGCAGGAGAUGAGGGAGCGCUAUGAAACCGUAAUGAAAGACAACAAGCUGGAGGUCGAGAAGUGGUUCCAGUCCAAGAUGGAAACUCUCCAAAACCAAAUCAUCACCUGCAAGACAGAGGUGAAGACGUAUCAUUCUGAGAUUUCAGAGCUGAAGAGGACCUACCAGUCUCUAGUGAUAAGCCGACAGUCUCUGUACACUGAGGUUGAGUGCCUGCAGCAGAAUGUCUCUGAGGUCAACACGCAGUACUCUGUUCAGCUCAGCCAGUACCAGUCGAUCAUCACCACUCUGGAGACAGAGCUGCAGAACAUGAAGGCCUCUCUGCAGCAGCUGCAGAACAACUACAGCGUGCUGCUGGAGCUUAAGCCAAGGCUGGAGAAGGAGAUUGAUGAGUACAGAAGGCUGCUGGAAGGAGAGGCAUAUGAGCAAAAGAAGGUUGUGAUCAUCAAACAAGUGAGGGAGGAAGUUGAAGAGCAAAAACCUCACAUUGAGAAGAGAGUGAAAACCAUCAUAGAGCAAAUUAUUGAUGGAAAGGUUGUGUCCCACUCUGUGGACACCCAAGUGCACACCAUUCAGUGACCUAUCUGCCUCUUCUAAAGCCUGUUAAGUUAGUAAUUUGUGUGUGCUUUUGUCAGAACUUUUGGUAUUUUCUUUUGAGUUGAAAUAAGUAAAACACUGGAUUUAUCUGAGAGUCUUUGUGUCAUAAAUGUGUAUAAAUUUCACCCCCAAUCAUUAAAGAUGUCAAACAUAUUAAAAGUAAGUGUUUUAACUGUCUUCCCUUUAAAUAGUGAUCCUGACAUAAUAAAAAGUAAAUUUAAUA